GCCGGCGACGCGGGCGGCCUAGGGUUCCUCGCAUGCCAGGUGCCGCACGAGCCCGCCGCCGCCAUCCGUCAACCAUGGCGCAGCCGCAAUCCGCUUCCUCCCAGGUUGCUUCCGAGCCCGGUGCUACAGAACACAGGGUAGUCAUAACAAACAAGCAUGGAGAGAAACUUGUGGGGAUACUGCAUCAAACGGGUUCGAACAAGAUUGUAGUCUUGUGUCAUGGCUUUACGGCCUCCAAGAAGAGUGGCGUCAUUGUUGAUCUAGCAGAUGCAAUAACAAGACAAGGAAUUAGUGUCUUUCGCUUUGAUUUCAGUGGGAACGGAGAAAGUGAAGGGGAGUUCCAGUACGGCAACUACAGGAAAGAAGCUGACGACUUGCAUUCUGUUGUCUCAUAUCUUAAUCAGGACAAGUAUGAUGUCACAGCUAUUGUUGGUCACAGCAAGGGAGGAGAUGUGGUUGUUCUGUAUGCUUCCAUGUACGACGAUGUCCACACAGUUGUCAACUUGUCUGGCCGAUUUUAUUUAGAGAAAGGCAUUGAAGAACGCCUAGGGAAAGACUUUAUUGACAGGAUCAACAAGGAAGGUUACAUUGACGUCACAGGCAAGUCAGGAAAGGUUUUAUACAGGGUAACAAAAGAAAGCUUGAUGGAAAGAAUAAACAUUGAUAUGCGUGAAGCAAGCCUUUCCAUCAGCAAAGAAUGCAGUUUCUUCACAGUUCAUGGUUCAUCUGAUGAGCUCAUUCCGGCGGAAGAUGCAUACGAGUUUGCGAAGCAUAUACCGAAUCAUAAACUCAGGGUCAUCGAGGGAGCAAAUCACUGCUACACUGCACAUCGUAAAGAACUUUCAAGCGCUGUAGUGGAUUUCAUUAUGUCCAACAAGGCAGCAGAUACCUCGUUAGCAAAAGAUGAAUGAGUUCUGAUAAACUGCUGCUGCUAACUUGCAACUUUAUGCUUUACUGACGCUCCGCUCUCUGAACAAAGGCAUUUGAAGACCAUGGUCGUUCUACUAUUUUCCCCUUUUGUGUUUUUUUUAACUAAGUGAUGGAAAGUAUGGAAUGGUACUCUUCAUAUCAAUCGAUUAUGUACAUGGAUUAUCUAGGAAGUGGGAAUGAGAUGUUUGGGGCGAUAGAAUCUAUCGGAACA